AUGAGCAUAAUUUCGGCACUUUCGGGCUCCGUGGAAGCCGCUCAACAACGGGCCACGCUCGGGAUGGGAUUAGUUGCAGGAUAUUCAAGCCAUGGGUUCAGAACAAAAGAUUCUGAGUAUUUGAUGAACAAAUAUGCUAAAGACAGCUUCUUUUACUCCUCUCAAGAAACGGCAAACCCGACACUAGCAAAAUACAACGUUAUUAUUGAACUCUUUCCUUUGUCUUUGACACUCUACUAUUUACAGGAUUACAUGCUAAGCCACACUCUCGGUUCACCAAUUUUGAUUGCACCAAUUUUGAUUAAGGAAGCACAGUAUGAAUUGAUAAAAAUGAAGGCGUAG